AUGUUCCUAAAGAUUUCACCAACAAGAGGGGUUAUCCGAUUUGGGAAGCGAGGAAAGUUAAACCCACGUUACAUUGGCCCGUUCGAGAUACUCAAAAGGAUUGGUUCUGUGGCAUAUCGCCUUGCGCUUCCACCCGAACUAUCCAAUGUUCAUAAUGUGUUUCACGUUUCGAUGCUUCGUCAAUAUCUUCGAGAUACAGAGCAUGUUGUCGAUCAUGAGAACCUGAAAGUUCAAGAAGGCCUCUUUUAUAAAGAGCAACCUGUACAGAUUCUUGAUCAGCGUAAUCAGGUCCUUCGAAAUAAGACUAUACCUCUUACAAAAGUCUUAUGGAGAAACCAUCGUGUCGAAGAAGCAACGUGA